UUUUGAGCGAGUGGCUUAUCGCCGAAUAAGGUCACGUCUACAAGAGGAAGGAGUUACGAGGCGCAGAUGAUCCACUUCGCUGCCCCAACAAAUAUUGGCAUGCUGCCGCUACGCAGCCGGGAGGAUACAGCACACAAUCCUGUCCUCAUUGUAUUUUUUCAACCGUAUGUCAGUAUCUCGUCAACAAAAGUCCUCCCAUUUUCAAAUCCCAGAUGCGCUUUUCUACUCCCUGCAGAUUCACCUGGUACCCACCUCGUACUUCCCCACACACGCCUGUUGAAAUGAAGUCUAACCACCUCCUCCCCUGCUGCUCCACUCCCCUAAGUUCGCAGCCACGGAAGCUAGCUUCAUAAGUUACAGCGGUUUCUGCGUUCCGAAAUCGGUAACUGGAAGCUCUGAGUUCCAGAGAACUGUAUUGAUCAACGAUGUGAGUGACAGCAAGGGAAAGCUGGAGCUGGAAUGGCGCAAUCGAUCACACGACAUUGGAAUUGCUCUAAGGUGCGGAGAGAGAGUGAGAGAUUGAAUUGACGUUGAACGCUGCAGUUGUAACAUAGGCGGAAAUUAAGAAGACUGGAAGGCUGAGUUGGACCAGGCGUAUGUCCGAAGGGGGUCCACGUCCAGUCUGUAAUGACUUGAGCCUGCAGAACUCAGUGUUCAGAAUCGGAAUAUGUGUUCGUUGCGGAUUGUGUGAGGGGUAAGAGUGCUUGUUGAGAUCGACCAAUGCAUGUUGAUGGUAUAGCGGUUACGAGGGGUGUGAAUAGAGAGAGUUUUGGGCGAACACCUCCUAGUGAUACUAAACCUUUUUGACGUGGUUUGCGAUGAGUUGGGUUCGUAAUCAUCGCAUAAAUUCUUUGUCCCACCACCGAAAUUAUUCAUUGCUGGAGUUCUGGAAUCACGGGUGAGAUUGAGUUCCAGUGAGUAAUUGCUGCGCAAGCAUUGUUCAUCUUGUGAUUGCGACUCUACAAGUCCAGUGGCUUCUGAUACCCAAAGCUCAGUGUAGUUUAUUUUGCAUGAGCGGUAAAAUGGACUGAGUAACCCAGAUUAGGCGAAGAGAAAUGAAGGGGCAGCAUUCUUCGGUAAAGGAGUGUGUAGCGGGCGUUUAGUAGAAUCCGGUGACAAGGGUACUGCAGUAGUAGCUUCAGUGAUGAGGGCGACUUAUGGUUGCAACUGUUGGACCUCUUCAUCAGGCUCACCUCAGCAUUUGAGGUCUCCGCGACGGUCUAGGGAAGUUCCUAGGGGUUAAUUGGCACAGGUGUAUCGCAUUAUCUGAAUCUUCUGGUAUCGCAUCACGUUCUUCAGUCUCCCUGCUUCAGCUAUCGAAACGCUAGGCAGUGUCUUCGGUAGUUCGGUGUCAGCGAUUUGGAGUUAGCAACAGCGUCGUUAUAACUGUGCAGGGCUUUCGGCAGGUUCAUGCACAAUUCUCCAAAUAAGCCUGGUCUGAGCCUGUCCGAAUCUCACUCCAGGUCUACAAUCUAAAUUUGGGUGUAGCAGCCAUAGACCAUUUUCGGUAGUUUCCAGCAACUGUUCCAAAUCCGCCAAGGUUGUGAUCGUUGAGCUCGUGCCUCGUUGUAGGCCAUUUUACCGGGACCUUGCGCUCUCACCAGACACCACGGGCUAGUCUAUUUCGAGAGCCUGCACAUUGAUGACAUUGUUCUAAAAUUUGUGAUGUUUUGGUGAAUCGGACUAUUCUAACAGUCGGACGCGCCCACCAAACUCUCUCAGGAGCCUUCAAGCCGGCGUCUGGGUUGGUGAGAUCCCAGUCUACUGCAAUCUAGGCUCUUCGACACCAAAACAUUUGUUGAUAGUUUUGUGAACGGUGCGAAGGGGUUGCUACUGGCUUCUGCUCUGGGAAAUUGCAAUGCUGGGGCUCAGCGCCUGCAACCUCUACGUUUGAACGGUUGGAGGCAAUGGCUAACAGUGCAUUUCACGUCUUCCACAUGAGCGAAGUUCUGUCAGGAGAGAAACACCCCCGUCAGCGAAGACACUUAGACAGAGGUUUCGAGGCGCCAAGGAAUAGCUUGGACGUGCUGGAUGCAGCCAUUGAUGUGUCGAGGAGCGGAUCUUUCAAGCCUGAAGACAUUCCCUUCGGCUAUGAAAUCCUUAAUCCAGCUCUUGCUGCAAGUGGCCCUCAAUCAAAGUGGGAUGGCACGUCAAACGACGUAGGAAAUGACUUUUCAGGGCGUAAAGAGACUAGAAGGCAGGGUCCUAACAUCGUGGCUCGGCUCAUGGGCUUGGAAACGUUACCGGACGAGCUCCCAACUGUGCAGCCUCGGAAUUCUUUGCAAGGAAUGCCAAUAUACGGAUGUUCCAAGCCGCCUGUGGGAAAUCCUUCCAUGAGCAGGCAAAGUUCGCAAGAUGCAGCACUUUCCUCAUGGCAGCGGCCUCCUCGGCCUCGACAUGUGCAACGCGCACCUCUAAAUGUGGAAGAAGACAGGGUGCUUGCUCCUGUACUUCCUUUCCGCGAUCAUCCGCAAGAAGAACUGCUGCAGAAGUUUAAAAAAGACUUCGAGGCGAAGCAGCAAGCAGUAUUAGCAAAGGAGCGAGAUCGGUGUGGCACCUCGCAGGUUCUGGAAGAAAUGAAUCGGGAGCUUGACGAGAAGAAGCAGAGGGUGCGCGCCACUCUCGAUAAGGCUAGGACUGCGUUGUCGCAAGGCGUCUUAGCUGAACUAAAGCGACAACUCAAUGGACAGGAAAACUUUGAUGAAUCCAAGGAGUUUCUCGAAGCGAUGGAAUUUUUGCAGUGCAAUGAGGAUCUCAUAUUUCACUUUCUCCAGCACAAGCCCCACUCCACACUCAGCGAUGAAAACUCCAAUGAUACGACGCCCGUGGCGAAUCUAAAAUCGAUGAAGAAAAGGAUACUCGGAGGCUUAGUCCCAGCUAGUUCUCGAGAGUCUAAGGAGCGGAAGCGGGAAGGUUUUAGUCCUCGUGCAUUUGCCCGUCUAUUUAGGGACCCUCGCAAACGGAGUGACAACAAGCAACAACCAUGUACACCUCCCUUAUCCGGCACGACAACACCAUCUUCUGCGAGCCUUCAGCCUGCGAUUGAAAGAUGCAACAGUGCUGGUUUUUACAGGAGGCCAUCUGCAGAAUUUACAAGAGACUCAGCACCGGAUGAAGCGCACCUAAGGACUUUGAACUUCUCAAAUUUGAGAGCUCAAUCCUGCCCUGCGUCUCCGAGGAUGCACGGUAAGCCCUUGUCUGGAGGGUGUGAGGUCAGAAGUUCUCUCAAGAAGAAUGGUGCUCGGGCUGUUGCUGCGGAAAUGAAGGAGAGGUUACGGCAAACUGUACAUCGCGAUGAAACAGAAGAGGUCGGGUAUGUCAAGAAUUUGAGCCCGGAGCGUCCGCAAGGCUGGUUUGGAGAUUCAGAGGACAUUACACAAGAGAUUGCUAAAAGCACUCGUGAUCAAGACUCUCGAAAAAAUAACUUCAUUCUGACGAAAACUUUUCCCACUGGCAAGCGUGUUGCAAUUCAGAGAGUGGAUAUGGAGGAUGCAACCUGCACGAGCGGUGGUGAGGAGCUGUCACUGCCGUCGGCCAAGAUGGACAAACAAAAUGUAACCAGGUCUGGCAUAAGUCUUCCCUGCUCGCCUCACCUUGGAGAACGAACCCUUGACAACGUUCCAGUCAGUUCUAUGAGGACUCGACCAAAGCGUGCUUCUGAACAGAAACCCACGAUUCCUAGAACAACCGAGCAAGCCGACUCCCCGGCGACACUCAUAGCGGUGGCAAAGAAAACAAUCGCGUCAACCGAGUCCCCCCGCCGAAUCAACGAUUCUCCAAGAAGCUCGAAAAGCGAGUUUACCGAGAAGAGCAUGCGCAGAUCCGCUUCUGUAAACGAAAACGCCAUCAGAAGCUACCACUUGCAGCAGAAAGGCGACGCCUGCCCCGUACCCACCAGUAAGGGUAAUUGUCAUGAUCAUUCUGAAAAUGAUCCUGCGUUGAAUUUCACUCGGAGUCGCUCAGUUCCAAACGUAGCUAUAUUGCGGGACCGAGGACAAUGCACUAAUGAAGCAAAGAAAGGCACUGCGAAGACCACAAGCGAGGUGUCCAAGCAUGGUAAGGGUCAGAACUCUGAGAAGAGAAAAGGAUUCUUCUCUGUGGGCAGAAAAAAGGGCCGUGCUCCCGUAGAAUCCAUUUCUUCUGGCCAUUCCUUGUUUUUCCCAAGCUCAGGUCCGGUAUUUGCACGCGUCGCAGCUCUUGCGGAGUCAUGUGUCUCGCAGGGCAACACCUUAAGUGACGCCGACAGCGCUGUGAACGUCACGGUUCACGUCAGAUCACGCAGAAGCACAGACCGAUCAAAGAAAGGAAGGGAAUGGCCUAAGGAAGCCAACGCAUCUUCCGAGCUAAAGAACUUUGUUGAGUGUUUUGAACCUUGGUUUGCACAUGAGAGCGAUGUUAUUUCGGAAAGCAGUGCGGAUUCCGACGCCAACCCUAAUGACGAGGAAUUCUUAGAUGCUCUAUCGCAGCUCACUCCGCUCAUCGAUCAGAAGUCUACCGCCAUCGAGAAGCAAAUUACGGGGGAACUUCUGGGCACCGUUUCUACAAUCACCUCGCAGGCACAUGAAGUCCAGGGCGAUCGUAGGACUUCUGAGCAUUUGCCACCGCCAUGGAGGACGGCAGAAGGGAUCAUUCAUGAACUCACUUCCGACGAGGGCCAGGAUUCUAACAGCGACAAGAAUGGACACCCUAGUCCUGUCUCGGUUUUAGACCCGCCAUUCGACGAGGAAUCCCCGAGUUCCCUGGAGUUCGAUGGUAUCAAUAACGGUCUUCAAGAUCUGCAAGUUCGGGUACAACUUCUGAAAGCUGAAGGAAGGGAGAGACGACGCGAUGACCCCAUAAUUCAAGCUCCAGCACCUCCUUGCGAAAGCAGGGCCCUGAUAAGUUCACUGCAGAACACGAAGAUCGUUCCGAAGAAGAUUCCUUUCCUAACCCCCAAAUGCGAACGCAAUACAUUCGACAGCCCACAAGUUCUUUUAUCAGAUGUUCGCCCUAAUCCCGCCGGUCGGGAGGAAGAUUUCAGAUUUGCGAACGACCUUCUUGUUGCCUCGGGCUUCGCUACGCAUGAGGAGCGUAACAUCGGCCGGUGGCAUUCUGCAACUCAGCCGAUUAGCCACCAUUUCUUGCGCAAAGUCGACGCAUCCUACAAGGAAAAGGACGCGCAUGGGAGCACCUCGAGUCGGCGAUUUCUCUUCGACGCCAUCAACGAGAUCCUGGUUAGCAAACUUGGACCCAAAUGCUACGCACCUUGGCUGCAAAUGCCCGGAUAUAAUCCAACGGCUUUGAGAACUGGCAGGAGGCUGGUGGAGGAUGUCUGCAACGAGAUUCACAAGCGCCAAUUCCCUGUGCGCUGCGAGGACUCCCACAACGACUACCUGGAGAGUCUGGUGGCAGACGACUUGAAAAAUUCGACGUCAUGGAUGGGUCUCCACCACGACAUGGACCGCAUCUGCCACCAGCUUGAGAAGGCCAUCUUCACAGACCUGAUCCAGGAGAUAUGCGGCGACUUGAGGAACCUUCAUGUACAAUAA